ACGAAGAUGAAAAGCCCCUAUGCAAUUUUCAGGAAGACCAUAUUGUCUGGGAUCGGCAGUUAUACGCUCAAGGUAAGCUUAAAAUACAAUUUAAGUGAUUUGCGUAACAAAUUUCCCGUUUUGGGUAAAACUGGUUCGGAAUAGAUUACGAGUAGUCCCCAUUUUUCCUCAGGGAUAGUAGAGCGCGCGUGAAAAUCACCCCACGCGUCUCGCCUUUCUCGCGUGAGGUGAUUUUCACGCGCGCUCGCGUUUCGCUCGCUCUAAUAUCCUUGAGGAAAAAUGGGGACUGCUCGUCGUCUAGGUUCGGAAUAAUUCAAGUUCUAACACCCUUCAGUUUGAAAAUGAAUUUACUGCAGGAAAUUCUAAUUAGAAGAAGUAUAAAAUAACUCCUUAAUUCUUUUAAUAAUUUUUGUUAAAUUCCUAAGAUAAUCAUUAAUUUCACCAGAAAUGUACAUGACCCGGUCCCUCCAGGCACUUCACUUGACUUCACUUUGAUUCUUUGUAAUUUUCAUAUAUUUGACUUCAUGUUUCAAAGAAUUACUUGCAUUUGAAUGACGAUUAUCGCUAGGAUAGGGGAGACUUGGUGAUAUCUGUUGUAACCAUCAUGAAUCUCAUAACAGUGUAUUUCUGGGCAUAAUUUGUUAAUUUUUAGGGGCUGUCAAAUCGCGUUACCACUGUCUCGCCCAUCCAAGACAGUCUUGGGUUCUGGAUUCCAUUUUGUGGAUUCAGGAUUCUAGGAUCUGUAUUCCGGAUACUUUGUCGGUGGAACUUACACCAGUCGUUGGCGGGAUUCCGGAUUCCUUUGAGCUGAGAUCCGGAUUCCAAAGCACAAGAUUCUUGUUUCUACAAACUCUUGAAUCCAGAUUAAAUUACAUGGGGCGAAUUAUACACUAUACGUUUCCGGGAAACUGCCCAUCUUCCCCUUCCCUAAGCCAACACUUAACACUUACUUCUCACUUAAGGCAAAAUGUUGGCUUAGGGGAAGGGUAGGUGGGAAUAUUCCCAGAAACGUAUAUAAUGAUCCAUUAUGACACCAAUUUUCAUACUGUAUUAUCAAAGAAGUAUGUCAUAUUCUUUGUCCACAGGAUUUGUCCCGUAUCGAGGUGAAGAUUCAAAGCGUCGAAAGUCCAACUUCGUUGAACGGCAACUUUUUCGUUCCCAUUACAGAAGACAAAGAGCGAUGUCGCUCUCCAGAACUCCUAUACCCACCUAUUGCGAAUAUAGCAGAGGUAUUUAACGUAUUUGUUACUACGCUGUACAGUACUUUGAACCGCGGCAGGAUUAGCUCAGUACAAGAGAGAAAAUGAGACAUAGAGGGAAUCUUAGGGCGUUGGCCAGGAUAUGUGAAUUUCACUUAAGUCAUAUUUAGAGGUUGUAAGCAAACGGAAGUCUAUUUACUCGGAUGUGCGCAGAUUUAAAUCGAUGGUUUGAAAUAUCAUCAAGUCCUUUGACUAGCUCAAAGCGAAAAAUGCAGAAUAUUAUAAUAGCGACUCGGUUGAAUUCUCUCUUGAACUGGCAAUGAAUGAAAAUUUGCGAAACUCCCCGGAAAUCAACUUUCGAUUAAUUUAAGCCUUCAUUGAUCUAAAAAUAACUUUGGUGAAAUUUGCAUACCCAAGAGCUAGACUACGAGUGGUCCCCAUUUCUCCUCAGGGAUAGUGGAGCGAGCGAAACGCGAGUGCGCGUGAAAAUCAAAACACGCGGGAAAGGCGUGACGCUGCGGUGAGAGCGAAAAAUAAGGGACUACAGACAAAGCCCAAGCUUUUGACCUUAUGCGUUGCUCUCACAUUUUUCUCUCUCAACACCGCGUCUCGCCUUUCUCUCGUGGGUUGAUUUUCACGCGCGCUCGCAUUCGCUCGCUCUACUAUCCCUGAGGAAAAAUGGGGACUACUCGUAGUCUACCCAAGGGCUGGACUGAGCGUCUCCCUCUCUCACCUAUUGGUUUAUCAUUCUCUAUUGGUAGAGCGCCAACCUUGUUCUCAGGGACCUCUCCUACUCAUCCCUCGGAGCGAGAAGACCCUGGGAACGAGGGUGGGAAUAGCGCUUGACUUCAGAACGGAACGUCAUGGGUUCGAUUCCCGGGGCUGGACCAAUACCAGGGUCUUAAAAUAACCCGGAAAUGAAGGUACUUCCUUUGCCCUGCAAAUGGCUAGACCUUCGCGUGUCUCGGAUGACUACCAAAAAAUGGCGGUUCCGUCUCCAGAAGGGGACGUGAAAGUAAUAUCAACAAUGAAUACUUUCUUGCAUGAUACAUUGAUACUUUAAUCAAGUACCAGGAGCCGAUUAAUCGGCUCCUGUCAAGUACCUUUUUUUUGUAAGCCAGAUUACCUUCACAGUCUUCCACCCGUAAACGGUUCGUGAAAGGUUUUGUAGCGUGCAUGCAAAACCGAACUGAACUACAUUACGACGCGAAACUGUCAUGUUCGAGAGGUUCCGGUGCAGUAUCAAAUCAACGGUUGGACUAAUGUACCUAUAGGAAUAAUUACAGUAUUAACGAACAAUUUAAGUAGCAACAAAAAAUUACAUUUUUUGUUUUGCUUUCUUACCACAGACAAAGGAAAGAUUGCCUUCACCGUGCGACUCCGGUAGAUCUUCGCCAAUCUUCGUUUCGGGAUACGAAGCCGAGCGACAACGAAACGACAUUAAGCAGUUUGGACGAGAAGCAGCUUGUAAGCUAGCUGAAAGACGAGCGGAGUAUGCAAAAAGAAGAAUGGAACAAGUGCAAGAGGAGAGUGUGAUAAUCGAGGUAAUAAUUGCGUUAAAAUUAAAUCUCAACUAACAAUGAACUAUAUACAGGGCCAAAAUUCAAUUUUACCUUGUUUCCAGGGUUAUAAUCGAAACUGUCACAAAUAGUAUGCGCAUGCCACAAGGAAAAAUAAAAAGCUACAAACUCCAUCGACUUUACUUUUUUACGCAACAACGAGUUUCUACUUUGUAUAACACUCAGUUAUACACCGCAUCUCUCAUUUUUGUUCAUAAAAUCACUGUAAAAUGUCAAAGACGAGAGGCAGGAGAAGCUAACUAAACCGUAGCCGGGCUCAAUUCCCAGCUCGCGCUGUUCCUGGUGGGGUAUUCUGUAGUUACGACAAGACAGGUUUUCUGGUUUAGAGAACAGGCGUUAAACGAUAUUCUUUUUUUGUCCAAUACUUUAGCGCAACAUAGAGGAAGCCAUCAUCAACAAACUAGAACUACUUAAAGUGGCCGACGAGUUAGAAAAGCAAAGGGAAUUCUUCAAAGGCCGAAAAGCUAAAUUAUGGCGGCGAUGUGCAAACAUGGCGGAAAUCUUGGCCAAAGAAGAAACAGAAGCAGCAUUAUGGCAGCAAAGAUAUAAGAAAGCUAUGAUGGUUGCGCCAGGGAACAUGGCAUUUUUCUGAACAGCAUACAUUCAUGUUGCUAAAGCCAUGCGCAGUGUCGUCACAGCACGACAGCCUCGUUCUGGAAUCAAGGUUGAUAGAACCGAACCAGAGAAAUGCCCCGUCAGCUCAAGGAAGUCGAGCACAAUGCAUUGUCAAGUUUGUAUUGAAAUUUGAAAAAAAAGGAACAUUGCAAACUAUACUGAGGAACUUAAUACCAAAGAGAAAGGCUUAAAACAGAUUUCCGACAAAAUCAAUAGAGGCUUCAAUAACCGAUCAAGACAAUGAUUAAUACCGAAAACAACGUCCAUUACACAAGAGAGACGCAAGCAGCUCAUGAUGGCGCUUAAUCUAAUUUACUAUUUGUCAAGUCAUUUCACCCUUAAUAGCGACCAGCAGAUAAUUUUUUCUUAAAUCACCUCUAGAUUAGACUUUCAUAACAACAAAGAGAACGAUAAAUGUCAAAAAUAAGAAAAAAAACAUAGAAAAUUAUUACAGAAGAGAUUGAAGAAGAAUAGAUGUUGAUGAGGGACUGUACUGAAAUUUAGUUCCAUCGCGAUCACGAUUUAAACAUGAACAAAUAUCAUAUUAUUAUUCAAUUAAUAAUCUUUAUAUCGCGACUGGACUCGCCGGCAGUCGGCGCUAAAAGUAGCCUGCUGGCAAGGUCAUCCGACUAGGGGGCCAUUUUUUUUUAACGUGGAAAAGGGGUAACUGUCACUUACAAGCUCCCUCCACAAAAAACUGAAUAAAAUAGAGUUUUUUUCACCAGUGAGUUAAUUUAUAAUUAAAUGAAAACUGUGUACCUUGGAAUGUGACAGGGGCGGAUCCAGGAUUUUUUUUAGGAGGGGGUGCACUCGUCUCUUGCUCUACUUCAACACCAAUAAACCACAUAGUUUUUUUCUUUUUGCAGAAUACCAGUUGUAUUAGAAAACCGCAGGUCAUCUCAGGGAGGGGUGCGCACCCCCUGCACCCUCCCCGUAGAUCCGCCCCUGUGUGAAGAAUAUUUAACAUCUUUCGCUGCAUGUAAGGUGAUCCAAGGCAGUCUUGGAUUGUGGAUUCGGGAUUUCAGUUACUGGAUUCCAAUCUUUGUCAGGGGAACUUGGAUUCUGGAUUUCAAUCAUCAGUGGGAUUCUGGAUUCCUUGAGCUGUAAUUCGGAUUCCAAAGUCGAAAAUAAAGAACAAACGUCAAACCCGCCCUCCAAAAAACAACUGUGCACUUGGUGGAUUGCCCUGCUAGCAGAGUCGCUCUUCGAUCUUUCCUAGAUAAGUCGGGAAAGAGGAAGCGACUUUGCGGACAUCUUCUAAAUCGUUUGAUCUCCCAAUCAUCCAGCUUUUUGGAUGAGUCAGACAAAUCGUUAUACUGGAUAAACCAGUUUUAUCUGUGCACACACGCAUAUUCUGGAGUUUUGCUGACUCUUUCUGCGCCCACGCUCCAUAACAAAACAAAUAAAUUUCAUGCUGCAGGAAUUUUGAGAAAAUUAUAGAUUGAACGUUAAGUUUUAGCCAAAUGAGAAAAUGCACCCAGAUUCGAGAUGGAUUUUUUUUGGAUUUAACCAUGGAGUUAGGCGAUUUUACUUGCGUGAACGGAUCCACAAUCAAAUGGGUUUUGAAUGAAAAUAUUUAAGAAACAAUAUCUAAUGCUUAUUCUUUUGUGUUUGCUAUAACAUUAAUUCAAAAUAAGAUCAUGAGGCUACAGAAUCCAUGUUGCAUUUAAAUGAUCGAUGCUAGCGCUUUUACAGCUGUUUGUGUGUACCUGUGAUGCCAAAAACAUCUUUGGAUUUUGUGUUUUUCUACGACGUCAAUCAAAAUCUGAAGAAGCCGCUCUUUCUUCGUGCGCUUUCUCGCCUUCACAUCUUAGCGAACCUCUUAGGAAAAAAAAGGUCGUAGUUUGUGAUUUGUGGUUGGUGGAUUUCGAUCCGUUUUGUUUGUGUCUGUGUUUCAAGCUUAGUUGCUUUGUUUUUGAAAAGCACAGUAAGUUUUACCUUCUUAGCUCUAAGAUUUUUUUUAACUUCUUUACACUGAAACAUGGCGAGUUUAGAUUCCAAAGGUGAAAUUGUUCCUAUAGAGCUUCCAAAUCCAGAGGAGACACAGCUACGGAAGGGUAAAAACGAACCGGUACGUUCCCGCUAACGUUUACAUUUGCUGACAAACGCAGUGGAUGCUACGGUAACGGUUUGAUUGACGUCGCAGAAAAAUUUGAAUUUGGAGCAUGCUCAAUAUGAAUUGUCGAGGAUGUCGGCAGAGCAUUCUCGUCCCCAGAGCCCUUCGUUUCUUGGUCACGUGGUCGGGAAACGAGGGGCUGCAACUGGUCGGUUACAAAUUAAGCCGAGUGGCUCUGGGGACGGAAAUGGUCGGCAGAGGUUCCUUCCUCUUCCCGACUUAUCUAGGAAGAUCGAAUGAGACUCUGUUCGCAGGGUAUUGGUCUCAGCCUUUGCCAUCAGUGCACGACUUUUCUUCAUCCAGUUCUUGGAUGCGCUUUUAAGAAUUCCUCCGGGACUCACCUUUGACAAAUCGAGAGAUCAACAAAUAUUGACAGGAUGAAAAUUCACUUUUCGGAGCAAGUUAAGUGACCGCUGUAAUCUCUCGUCUUAGCUCUCUAACAUAUAUCACUCGCGGAUUCAGACCUUCAGAUAAGGGGUGGGCCCGGUCAUUCAGAUCCUGGGAUAAAGGGAAGGGGGGAAAAGGAGGGCAGGGGAGGGGGGGGGGCGGUCUCAAAACAUUUUUUUUCGUGCUCCUCGAGCCUUAGUUUGGUCUGAAAAGAAGGGGAACCCCAGGCCUCCCGGGCCCUUGCCCUGGAUCCGCCUCUGUAUAUGAUCAAAGUAGUCACGUUUCCUAACGCCUCGUGACCACCAAUAAAUCGAAUUACGCAACAAAGAAACCUGCCUGCAGCUGUACACUGGCAACAUGGGUUGACGUCACCAUCGACUAUUUUGCCGCCAACUUUCCACAUCGGAAGGUCUUUGUAUUUGCAAUAGUGUGAAGCCUUACGCAGUAGUCUAUACAUUGCUCAUUUCUUGCACAUACUCUCCUAAUUUCGUUACCCACGCAAAGGCAGUGAAACUCCAGCUCAUUUAAAACGUAAGCGGAGAUAUAUUGCACGGAGAAAGAAGUCACAAAAAUACAAUAUUCAUCGUUUUGCACCUGCCUUAGAAGGCGGCCAAAAGAGUACACUUAACUUGAACCCGAAUCUAUUAACCUUGUAUUUGCAUUUUUGUCAGACCUUUUCCGGUUAACUUCGGCGUCCUUUUUUGGAAACUUAUUUAUGCACGUUUAGUAUUAGACUUUCAAAAAAGUCCUUCGUCGGAUUUCAUAUGGCGCGGGACGAAGGUCGACCUCUCGCGACCUCCUCGCUCGCUGUCGGCCGCUUCGCAGCCAAACAAGGCUCGCUCCUUGCGUGGAGGUGGGAACAGCAGGUCUUAAUUGUCACUUGCCAACACCUCUUCACACAUGACCACCCAUUAACAGAGGGGUAGAGAGAAAAUCAUUACAGCAGUGAAAGUUAAAGUGAACCUAAGUGCACACAUUCUCUCUCACCGAUCUCCUGAAGUUCAUGACGUCCACAGAACGUUAAGAUUACGUCAUUUGAAUCAUGCGCAUAGGCGUUGUUGGUACAGUGAAAUUUUUCCUCCGCCGCGAAGCCAGAUGCUCUUUUCUUGAACAGAAACUCGCCACCCGUGAGUAAAAGACGGAAGUUUCUUUUACGUGACUUUGCAGCUGGGUCAUUGAAAUUUGCAACGUAUAGAACAUUCGCUUACUCCCCGAAUUAAUUUUGUUUACGUCGAGAAUAUCGUCACUGUUUUCUCCUGGGACUCUUGAAAUUAAAACUAAAAUUAAAACUGAAAUUUCGCCUGGAAUAAUUCCCAAUUCUUCACGUGAACGAACAGACAGCAGACGGUUAACAGAGCGAGGGAUUAAAAUAAAAGCCACGCAAGCUCACGUACUCGACUUGAAUUCACGCUCCAUCUCACACUCAAGUAACGCUUACGCCUACACACACUCCAUCGCGCAUAUACUGAUAUUUGGAGACGGGACAUCUAAAAUCCCAUUCUGGCUCAUCAUCUUCCUCUUAUUCAUGGGUAACCUGGAAUAUGGAACCGGUCAUUCUGAAAGCCACUCUCGUAGGUUAACUUCUUCUUUGUAGCGACUAACCGUAUUACGAAACCGUAAGGAAAAAUCUUUGAUAAGAUCUCGCGAGCUCUUCGACUGUUCUAGGAGCACCGGCUACGACCGAAUGUUUCCAAAUACGUCUGAAUUGUCUCAAAUGGUUUUCUCUAUGAUUUUGAAGCCAGUUUGGUUAAUUUGGAGCUGCCCUAAAAACUAUUUAUCCCUUCGUAUGUUAUAAGAGAACAUUGUUUGUCUCGAAAGUUUUAGGUGGCUUUUUCGUUUUAUCCUAAACUGUUAGCUACCCUGCAGCUGAUCGGUCCGGUCGAAAGAACAAGGAAAUGGAGUAGCCGUAUUUUCUUUAGAAAAUUCCAGGGGACAUUAACCUUUGUCGGCUUUUAAACUAAGUUCUUAGGAGACCGUUGUUAACAAAUCUCAAUAUCUUGCUCAGAUAAAAUGUGAAAAAUAUAGUAGGCAAGUUAGUAGAAAAAAUCGGAAUUACUUAGACGACCAUAUAAUGGAGCGGUUAUCCAAGUAUUUGCUCUUUCGAACAGAUAUUUUACGGAUAGAAGUCCUCGAGUGUCCCCGUUACUGCGUUUGAGAAAUGAGCUCAGAUCUUUAAUAAUUAGCUGGACUGAACAAGUUCUAGUCUGUGCAUAUCAUGAUGAGUAGAUGUUUUGAUAUACGCAUUAUUUACAAUAAACAACAUUUCUCGUCACUUUUAGCAUCUUACGAAGAUGAAAAGCCUCUAUGCAAUUUUCAGGAAGACCAUAUUGUCUGGGAUCGGCAUUAUACGCUCAAGGUAAGCUUAAAAUACAAAUUAAGUGAUUUGCAUAACAAAUUUCCUGUUUUGGGUAAAACUGGUUCGGAAUAGACUACGAGUAGUCCCCAUUUUUCCUCAGGGAUAGGAGAGCGCGCGUGAAAAUCACCCCACGCGUCUCGCCUUUCUCGCGUGAGGUGAUUUUCACGCGCACUCGCGUUUCGCUCGCUCUACUAUCCCUGAUCGAGGAAUAAUUGGGGACUACUCGUAGUCUAGGUUCGGAAUAAUUUGGGUUUUAACACCUUUCAGUUUGAAAAUGAAUUUACUGCAGGAAAUUCUAAUUAGAAGAAGUAUAAAAUAACUCCUUAACUCUUUUCAUCAUUUUUGUCAAAUUCCUAAGAUAAUCAUUAAUUUCACCUAUAUCCAGAAAUGUACAUGACCCGGCCCCUUCAGGCACUUCACUUGACUUCACUUUGAUUCCUUGUAAUUUUAAUAUAUUUUACUUCAUGUUUCAAAGAAUUACUUGCAUUUGGAUGACGAUUAUCACUAGGAUAGGGGAGACUUUGUGAAGUCUAUUGUAACCAUUAUGAAUCUCAUAACAGUGUAUUUCUGGGCAUAAUUUGUUAAUUUUUGGGGCUGUCAAAUCGCGUUACCAUUGUCUCGCCCAUCCAAGACAGUCUUGGAUUCUGGAUUCCAUUUUGUGGAUUCAGGAUUCUAGGAUAUGUAUUCCGGAUACUUUGUCGGUGGAACUUACACCAGUCGUUGGCGGGAUUCCGGAUUUCUUUGAGCUGAGUUCCGGAUUCCAAAGCACAAGAUUCUUGUUUCUACAAACUCUCGAAUCCAGAUUAAAUUACUUGGGGCAAAUUAUACACCAUACAUUUCUGGUAAACUACCAACCUACCCCUUCCCUAAGCCGACACGGCUUAACACUUACUUCUCACUUAAGGCAAAAUGUUGGCUUAGGGAAGGGGUAGGUGGGAAUAUUCCCAGAAACGUAUAUAAUGAUCCCAUUAUCAUGCCAAUUUUCAUACUGUGUUAUCAAAGAAGUAUGUCAUAUUCUUUGUGCACAGGAUUUGUCCCGUAUCGAGGUGAAGAUUCAAAGCAUCGAAAGUCCAACUUCGUUGAGCGACAACUUUUUCGUUCCCAUUACAGAAGACAAAGAGCGAUGUCGCUCUCCAGAACUCUUAUACCCACCUAUUGCGAAUAUAGCAGAGGUAUUUAACGUAUUUGUUACUACGCUGUACAGUACUUUGAACCGCGGCAGGAUUAGCUCAGUACAAGAGAGAAAAUGAGACAUAGAGGGAAUCUUAGGGCGUUGGCUAGGAUAUGUGAAUUUCCUAAAGUCAUUUUUAGAGGUUGUAAGUAAACGGAAGUCUAUUUUCUCGGAUGUGCGCAGAUUUAAAUCGAUGGUUUGAAAUAUUAUCGAGUCCUUUGACUAGCUCAAAGCGAAAAAUACAGAAUAUUAUAAUGGCGACUCGGUUAAAUUCUCUCUUGAACUGGCAAUGAAUGAAAAUUUGCGAAACUCCCCGGAAAUCAACUUCCGAUUAAUUUAAGCGUUCAUUGAUCCAAAAAUAACUUUGGUGAAAUUUGCAUACCCAAGAGCUAGACUUGGAGCGAGCGAAACGCGAGCGCGCAUGAAAAUCAACCCAACGGGAAAGGCGAGACGUGGCGGUGAGAGAGAAAAGUGAGGAACUACAGACAAAACCCAAGCUUUUGACCUUAUGCGUUGUUCUCACAUUUUUCUCUCUAGUCUCACCGCCGCGUCUCGCCUUUCUCUCGUGGGUUGAUUUUCACGGGCGCUCGCGUUCGCUAGCUCUACUAUCCCUGAGGAUGGGGACUACUCGUAGUAUACCCAAGGGCUGGACUGAGCGUUCCCUUCUCUGACUAUUAUUCUCUCUUGGUAGAGCGCCAACCUCGUUCUCAGGGUACUCUCCUUCUCUUUUUCGGAGCGAGAAGACCCUGGGAACGAGGGUAGGAAUAGCUCUUGACUGCAGAACGGCCGGACGUCAUGGGUUCGAUUUCCGGGGCCAGACCAAUACCAGGGUCUUAAAAUAACCGGGAAAUGAAAGUACUUCCUUCAUUUCCUUCGCGUGGCUCGGAUAACUACGAAAAAUGUCAGUUCCGUCUCCUGAAGGAGACGUGAAAGUAGUAUCCACAAUGAAUACUUUCAUGCAUGAUACAUUGAUACUCAAAUCAAGAACCUUUUUUUUGUAAGACGAAUUACCUUCAGAGUCUUCCGCCAGUAAACAGUCCGUAAAAGGUUUUGUAGCGUACAUGCAAAACCAAACUGGACUACAUUACGAGUUGAAACUGUUUGACAGGUUCCGGUGCGGUAACGAAUCAACGUUUGGACUAGAGUACCUAAGGGUAUAACUACAGUAUCAACGAACAAUUUAAGUAGCAACAAAAAAUUAUAUAUAUUUUUUUUGGUUUUGCCUUCUUACCACAGACAAAGGAAAGAUUGCCUUCACCGUGCGACUCCGGUAGAUCUUCGCCAAUCUUCGUUUCGGAAUACGAAGCCGAGCGACAACGAAACGACAUUAAGCAGUUUGGACGAGAAGCAGCUUGUAAGUUAGCUGAAAGGCGAGCGGAGUAUGCAAAAAGAAGAAUGGAACAAGUACAAGAGGAGACUGUCAUAAUCGAGGUAAUAAUUGCGCUGAAAUUAAAUCUCAACUAAUAAUGAACUCUAUAGGGCCAAAAUUCAAUUAAACCUUGUUUCCAGGGUUAUAAUCGAAACGUGUCAAAAAUAGUAUGCCCAUGCCACAAGGGUAAAUAAAAAGCCACAAACUCCAUCGACGUCACCUUUUUAAACAAUGACGAGUUUCUACUUUGUACAACACUUUUAUUGGCAGCAUCUCUUAUUUUUGUCCAUAAAAUUACCGUGAAAUGUCAAAGACAAGAGGCAGGAGAAGCUAACUAAAGGUGCUAGCCGGGCUCAAUUCCAAGCUCGCGCUGUUCCGGAAAGCCUCAAGGUGGCGGGGUAUUCUGUAGUUACCACAAGACAGGUUUUCUGGUUUAGAGAACAGGCGUUAAACGAUAUUCUUUUUUUGUCCAAUACUUUAGCGUAACAUAGAGGAAGCCAUCAUCAACAAGCUAGAACUACUUAAAAUGGCCGACGAGUUAGAAAAGCAAAGGGAAUUCUUCAAAGGCCGAAAAGCUAAAUUAUGGCGGCGAUGUGCAAACAUGGCGGAAAUUUUGGCCAAAGAAGAGACUGAAGCAGCAUUAUGGCAGCAAAGAUAUAAGAAAGCUAUAAUGGUUGCGCCAGGGAACAUGGCAUUUUUCUGAACAGCAUACAUUCAUGUUGCUAAAAGCCAUGCGCAGUGCCGUCACAGCACGACAGCCUCGUUCUGGAAUCAAGGUUGAUAGAACCGAACUAGAGAAAUGCCCCGUCAGCUCAAGGAAAUCGAGCAUAAUGUAUCGUCAAGUUUGUAUUGAAAUUUGAAAACAGGAACAUUGCAACCUGAGGAACUUAAUACCAAAGAGAAAGACUUAAAACAGAUUUGUGACAAAAUUAAUAGAGGCUUCAACAACCGAUCAAGACAACGAUCAGUACCGAAAACAACGUCCAUUACACAAGAAAGACGCAAGCAGCUCAUGAUGGCGCUUAAUCUUAUUUACUAUUUGUCAAGUCAUGUCACCCUUAAUAGCGACCAUCAGAUAAUUUCUUCCUAAAUCACCUCUAGAUUAGACUUUCAUAACAACAAAGAGAACGAUGAAUGUCAAUAAUAAGAAAGAAAAAACAUUGAAAAUUAUGACAGAAGAGAUUGAAGAAGAAUAGAUGCUGAUGAAAGACUGUAUUGAAAUUUAGUUCCAUCACGAUUUAAACAUGGACAAAUAUUAUAUUAUUGUUUAAUUAUGAUAAACAUUAUAUCGCUACUGGAGUCGCUGGCAGUCGGCGCUAAAAGUAACCUGCUGGCAAGGUCAUCCGACAAGGGGGCCUUUUUUUUUUAAUGUGAAAAAGGGUAACUGUCAUUUACAAGCUCCCUCCACCAAAAACUGAAUAAAAGAGAAUUUUUUCACCAGUGAGUUAAUUUAUAAUUAAAUGAAAACUGUGUA